UAUAUUAUACAAUGGAGAAUAUUGAAAUGAGUAGAAGAGAUGUGAUUGUAUUCAGAGGAAUAUGGUAUGUAAUGACUCUACUCUCGCUCUUUGGCCUCUCCGUAUCACUCAAUCUUCUGUGGCCACCUGGGGGAAAGUCACCAGCAUCUUCUCGUUUCCUCAGGGACGGCGCUGUGAGUGCCACAACAUUCUAUGCAGUGACGGUACUCAGGUAUCUCUUAUUCACCGAUCCUCCUUCCACUAAUGGUUACAAGGAUUUUACUACAGAGAAAGAGAGGAUUCCUCAACUCGUCUUUGCGGAGCUUGCUUUAUUGGUGUUACUGGUAUCUCCGCUAUUCUAUUCGGAUCAUGACGUAUCGUUUGUGUUGUACAUGUCGUUAUUCACCAUAUCGUUGUUCAUCGGUGGGACAGGUCUGAUUCAGCUAUCAGAUAAAUUUAGGAUGGAGAUGAAACAUGCUUAUAUCACGCUUCUCUGCGGUUUGCUGUGUUGGCUUUUUGGGAUUUAUUUUUCUAUUUACGGCGAACACAAUUCGGUAGUGACAAUGAUUCUUCUCGUAGUUUAUUCUAUGUUUGUCAUGUUUAUCUAUAUUUAUAAUACUUACAACAGAGAGGAAUUCCCUAUGAAUUCCAGGGUUUCCCCUCUUCCUGCUUAA